AUGACUUCCAGACUUGAUCGUCUUGUCACAUUACUAGAGACUGGCAGUACGCCGCUCAUCAGGAACACAGCCGCCCAGCAGCUGGCUGAUGUGCAGAAGCAGCAUCCAGAUGAACUGUUCAAUCUUCUCGGACGCAUUCUGCCCUACCUGAGAUCCAAAUCAUGGGAUACGAGAACCGCUGCGGCCAAGGCAAUCGGUCUGAUCGUCGCCAAUGCAGAUGUCUUCGACCCUAACCAGGAUGAUGGCGAGGAGAUCAAGAAAGCUGAGGACGAGGAUCUCGAUGUCGACAUCAAAUCGGAAGAGUGUCCAUUGUCCCCCUCGGAUGACUCAUUGCUCCAGCUCGAGCGUCUCGACCUCACUUCGAUUCUGAAGUAUGGAAAGCGACUUCUCGGUAGCGCAGGCAAGGAGUACGAGUAUUCACUGGCUGCCAUGGAUCCUGCCUCUCGGCUGCAGCAUCAGAAGAAGACGUUAACUUCCCGCCUGGGUCUCGCAGGAGAGUACAUUGAGGAUGACUUGAUCAAUGAUAACGAUCUUGUCACGAAGCCGACCUUGAAGGAGGAUCCGUCGUUCGUCGCGGCGCGGGAGCACAGCAUUCACAGCGCCUCUCAGCCCCUGGCAUCGCCGAUCGAGCCCCCGAAUGGGGAGGAGUCGGGCUUGAGCAAGCGGCAGUUGAACCAGCUCAAGCGCAAGAACAAACAGAGCGCGAGACUGGGAGCUAAUAAAGUUCGAGUGGUAGACCUAGCCUCGCGGAGACCCUCGGAGACCGUCACUACCCCAUCCGUCGCCACGCCCCAUCCCAUCAAAACGGAAAACGGAGAGGAACGAAACGGCGAUGCCAAGCCAGACUACUUCUCGUUGGAGCGGCCUGCUGGUGAUGAUGACUCCAAGAUCGUCACAGAGUUCAAGGGUGCGGCGCCGGCGGUGGAAAAUCCUUUGAUCCAGCCAGAGAUCACCGAUGAAGGCUCGAGCCCGAACUGGCCAUACGAGCUCAUGUGCGAUAUCCUCAUGGUCGAUCUUUUCGAUCCGAAUUGGGAGGUCCGUCAUGGUGCCGCGAUGGCGCUGCGGGAGGUUGUCCGCGUCCAGGGUGCCGGUGCUGGUCGCGUGCAGGGGAAGAGCAGGGCCGAGAAUGAUGUCUUAAAUCGCAAGUGGUUGGAUGAUCUUGCGUGCCGUCUCCUGUGUGUGCUCAUGCUCGACCGCUUUGGUGACUACAUCUCAGAUAACGUCGUAGCUCCCAUCCGGGAAACUGUCGGCCAGACACUAGGUGCGCUCUUAUCCCAGCUCCCGUCACGAUCGGUCAUUGCCGUCUACAAGUGUCUGUAUCGCAUCAUCAUGCAGACUGAUCUGGGCCUUGAACGACCUAUCUGGGAGGUUUGCCACGGUGGCAUGAUUGGCCUGCGGUACCUUGUGGCGGUUCGCCAGGAUGUGCUCAUCAAGGACCCCAGACUCAUGGACGGCGUCGUUGAGGCUGUCAUGAAGGGUCUGGGAGACCACGACGACGAUGUGCGGGCCGUGGGUGCAGCGACCCUCGUUCCCAUCGCCGAAGAAUUUGUCCAGACUCGUCAGAAUACACUCGGCACUCUGAUGACUAUCGUUUGGGAAUGCUUGUCCAACCUGCAGGACGACCUCAGCGCUAGUACCGGUUCGGUCAUGGAUCUGCUGGCUAAGCUAUGCACUUUCCGAGAGGUCCUUGAUGCGAUGAAGGCCAAUGCCGCGGUCAAUCCGGAGUCGUCCUUCGGGAACUUGGUUCCCCGUCUCUACCCCUUCCUCCGACAUACCAUCACCAGCGUUCGCUCCGCUGUUCUUCGCGCCCUCAUGACAUUUCUACAACUUGAGGGAGACGGCACUAAUGACUGGGUGAACGGGAAAGCGGUGCGCCUGAUCUUCCAGAAUCUGCUUGUGGAGCGAAAUGAGGGUGUUUUGAAGCAGUCUCUCCAGGUCUGGUCAGAACUUCUCAAAGCCCUGGAGGCCCGCGGUUCGUUCAGCUCGGAGGCUGAUCUUCUGGGCCAUAUACAGCCUCUGGUCACGCUGACUCUGGGUCCUUUCGGUGUCCCACGGUACCCCAUUCCGAUGAACGCCUCUCUAUUCAUCAAACCUUCGGGUGUGCCAUUCCCCUCAAGCGCCGCAGCUCCUGCUCGGUCUUCUCCCAGCGCCACUGCGCCUGAAGGAAUCAAGGGCCGUCGACGCAAGUCUGAGAAGAAAGAAGCACCGCCCCCGUCUGCUCACAAUGUUGACGGCCAUAUGCUCCAGGGCGACAUCGACCUUGUGGGUGCGGAUACCAUGCUGAGAUCGAAGAUCUAUGCCGCCAGGGCAUUGGGCCAGCUGUUGUUCUUCUGGGAUAAGAACCAACUUCCGAGUCUGUGGCAGUCCAUUCUGGAGGGUCUUUCUCAUGCGGCCUCCACCUCGCAACUCUCGUCGGCUAUGAUAGUGGAAGAAUAUGCUAAGUUCUCGCGACCAAACGGCAAGUAUGCCUCUACGCUGUGUGAGACUUUGCGUCCCAUCAUUGAGGGCGACCGUCCGCCAUGGUACAGCGACAUUGCAUGCUACCUCCAUGUUGCUCGGGCGCAGUGUCACUCAUUGCUGAAUACCUUCCGCGACCACGCGCAUGUCCCUGGCUCCAGGUUACCGGCUCUUGCCGUUGUCGUUCAAGGCGAUGCCGAGGCCGGACCCAACGCAUUUUCACUAUCCGACGCCGAAAAGGUCAUUGGUCCCGACUUUGAGCGACUCAAGAAGAGCUUGACACCAGCUCAACGUAUCACCGCUCUUCAGGUCCUCAACGAUACUCGCGCAACCGCCGAGAGCGCGAUAUAUGAGGCGCGGAACGUUAGGGACCAGAGAGAUCUGCGUGUGCGGGCUGCUGCUGCCGGCGCCCUGGUGGCUUUGCAGGACAUCCCCAAGAAACCAAGUCACAUCAUCAAGGGAAUGAUGGAUAGCAUCAAAAAGGAAGAGAACGCCGAGCUUCAGCAGCGCUCUGCCACUGCCAUCGCCUCUCUUGUCGAGUACUAUACCACCGCUGCGAAGCGCGGACCCGUCGACAAAGUAAUCGGAAACCUUGUCAAGUACUGCUGCGUGGAUACUUCCGAGACUCCCGAGUUCCACCACAAUGCGACCCUCGAAAAAUCCAUCUUAUCGCUUCGUAAGGAGGAGGACCGGCGCGACCAUCCGGACGCUGCGAGGUUUGAGAGAGAGGCCAAGGAGGCCCGGGUUAUGCGCCGUGGUGCUAAAGAAGCUUUGGAGCAAUUGGCCGUCAAGUUUGGCUCCGAACUGAUGGCCAAGGUACCCAAUCUUGCUUCAUUGAUUGAACGGCCCUUGAUGGAGACCCUGGCAGGCGAAGAAUUGCCAUCUAAUAUCCGUGAUCCCGAAAACGAGCUGGGCCAGGAGGUUGUGGACGGACUGUCCACAUUGCGUGCGCUCCUGCCCAAAUUCAGCCCUGGACUUCACCAGUGGGUGGUCGGUCUCAUGCCGCUUGUUGUCAAAGCGCUCCAAUGUAAACUAUCUGUUAUUCGGUAUGCGGCUGCCAAGUGCUUUGCCACUAUCUGCAGCGUAAUCACGGUUGAGGGGAUGACCAUGUUGGUUGAGAAGGUUCUGCCUACGAUCAACAACGCUCUGGAUGUUCACCACCGCCAAGGCGCUGUUGAGUGCAUUUACCAUCUGAUCCAUGUGAUGGAAGACGGAAUCCUGCCGUACGUCAUCUUCCUUGUCGUUCCUGUGCUUGGUAGGAUGAGCGACUCGGAUAAUGAUGUGAGACUGCUGGCUACAACAUCUUUCGCGACCCUGGUUAAACUGGUACCCUUGGAAGCUGGUAUUCCCGACCCACCCGGUCUCUCGGAAGAACUACUCAAAGGUCGUGAUCGGGAGAGGAAGUUCAUGUCCCAAAUGUUGGACGCUCGCAAAGUCGAGGAGUUCCAGAUCCCUGUGGCGAUCAAAGCGGAGCUUCGACCAUAUCAGCAGGAAGGUGUCAAUUGGCUUGCUUUUCUCAACCGCUACAAUCUCCAUGGUAUUCUCUGCGACGACAUGGGUCUUGGUAAAACGCUGCAGACCAUCUGUAUCGUCGCCAGUGACCAUCACCUGCGGGCCGAGGAAUAUGCUCAAAGCCAGAAGCCAGAGGUCAGAAAGCUUCCCUCGCUGAUUGUCUGCCCGCCAUCCCUUUCUGGGCAUUGGCAACAAGAGUUGAAGCAGUAUGCUCCGUUCCUGAAAUCCGUCGCCUACGUCGGUCCUCCCGCAGAACGGUCCCGCCUGCAGAGUAUGCUUCCCGAUGCCGACAUUGUCGUCACUUCUUACGACAUUUGCCGGAACGACAACGAGGUCCUCAACCCAAUCAACUGGAACUAUUGCGUGCUGGAUGAGGGUCAUCUUAUCAAGAACCCCAAGGCCAAGGUUACGAUUGCGGUGAAACAGCUGCUGAGCAACCAUCGUUUGAUCCUUUCGGGUACUCCUAUCCAAAACAAUGUAUUGGAGUUGUGGUCGCUCUUUGACUUCCUCAUGCCUGGAUUCCUCGGGACGGAAAAGGUCUUCUUGGAUCGUUUCGCUAAGCCCAUCGCGGCCAGCCGUUUCAGCAAAUCGUCUUCGAAGGAGCAGGAAGCAGGAGCUCUGGCGAUUGAGGCCCUUCACAAACAGGUCCUUCCCUUCUUGCUCCGUCGUCUCAAGGAAGAGGUUCUGAACGAUCUUCCGCCCAAGAUCAUCCAGAACUACUACUGUGACCCUAGUGAGCUCCAGCGAAAACUGUUCGAGGAUUUCACCAAGAAGGAGCAGAAGGCCCUGCAGGACAAGGUGGGAAGCUCUGAGAAAUCGGACAAGGAGCACAUCUUCCAAGCCCUGCAAUACAUGCGUCGUCUGUGCAACUCGCCAGCGCUCGUCGUCAAGGAAGGCCACAAGCAGUACAACGAGGUCCAACAAUACCUUACCGCGAAGCACUCUCAGAUCCGCGAUGUUGCCCAUGCACCGAAACUGGGCGCCUUGCGCGACCUGCUCGUCGACUGCGGCAUUGGUGUGGACCCGCCCAGCGAAGGUGACCUGAGCAGCGCCAGCUAUGUCAGCCCUCAUCGAGCUCUGAUUUUCUGCCAGAUGAAGGAGAUGCUGGAUAUCGUGCAGAGCGAGGUCUUCAAGAAGCUUCUCCCGUCAGUGCAGUUCCUCCGUCUCGACGGCAGUGUGGAGGCGACCAAGCGUCAGGACAUCGUCAACCGCUUUAACACUGAUCCCAGCUACGACGUGCUACUGCUGACAACCAGCGUCGGCGGCUUGGGUCUCAAUUUGACUGGUGCCGACACGGUCAUCUUCGUGGAACAUGAUUGGAACCCGCAGAAGGACAUCCAGGCCAUGGACCGCGCCCAUCGUAUCGGUCAGAAGAAGGUCGUUAACGUCUACCGGUUGAUCACCCGUGGAACCCUGGAGGAGAAGAUCUUAAAUCUCCAACGAUUCAAGAUCGACGUCGCCUCCACGGUUGUCAACCAACAGAACGCCGGCCUCGGCACCAUGGACACAGACCAGCUCCUCGAUCUGUUCAACCUCGGCGAGAUCGCCGAAACGGCCGAGAAGCCCAGCGACGUUGCCGCCGCCGCCGGCAACGAAGUGGACAUGGUCGACAUCGACGGCAACGUCAAGGAGAAGGGCAAGAAGGGCUGGCUCGACGAUCUCGGCGAACUUUGGGACGAUCGCCAGUACCAGGAGGAGUAUAACCUCGACUCCUUCCUGGCUACCAUGAAAAACUAG